CAACAAUUCCACAAAUUUAUGAGGAAUUAAGGUAUUUUGCGCCAAACAAACUACACCUGAAUUCUACUUGUAUCUCACGAAAAGCAUAUCCAGAGCCAAAUAUCAUACUGUACUUGGAUGGAAUUGCUCUUCAAGAUGGGGAAAAUGGUACUAUUAUCACAUCUACAGUCUCUGUCGACUCAGAUGGCUUGUAUGAAGUGAAAAAAAGAUUGUCCAUGGAGAUAACUAUAGGCCAAUGGAACCUUAUGUGGUGCGAUGCUGUGUUCUCACUGCCUGGAAAUACUAGCAGAGUUAUGCAAUCUAAAAAGAUAUAUCUGAGUAAUUAUUUAUCCACAGCAUCAGUAAAGCUGAAUAUAUUCAACUCUCAACACACAACAAGCUGGCAAGACACAGAGUCUUAUUCAAGCACUGAAUUGAUGACAAGCACUGGGCUUCCAUUUGCUACUGGUUCAUCCACUACACCAGAAGCAUCUACCAGCACGAGGUCAUUCACCAGUGCUGGAUUGUCUACCAUCUUUCAAGUAUCUGAAUCUUCCACUACCUUUGCACCAACCAUCAAUAUUGCACUUUCAAACAGUCCUGGACCAUCAUUUACCAAUGGACUAUUGACCACAGAAGGACAGGCGAACACUCUUCAGCCACUAAUUAGCUUUGGGUCAUCCACAGGCUCUGUGAAAAAUACUGAAAUACCAAUCAAUAAAACCAGGUGGCACAUAACAAUGAGCUGGAACAGAACAAUUAACAUUGACAUCACCAAAGAUGAUAAAGAUGCUGAAGACUCUGUUUCACUGGCAGUGGUGGUAACUGUGAUCCUAAUCUUGGUGAUCUGUACUGCUGUGUUAUCUUAUCUUAUCAGAUACUGGCAGGUCAGGAAGAAACUAAAUGCACCACCUCCAUUCAAACCACCUCCUCCACCAAUAAAAUAUGCAGCAAUUCAGGUAUCAUCGCAGGGUGAAGUCAACUGUUGAGCAGAAUGUGAAGUCAUAUGAACAGAGAAUCAUAGAAUGGAUGAAGAUCAGAAGGCAACUAUUUGAUCCUAUUGAGUUUAUGCUGUCUCAAUACCCUCAUAACUUUCCCAGGCAGAGUCCUGCUAAUUAUUGUGCAUCAUGCCUAUCCACUUCUCUUUUGAUUGUCCUAAUUGAUGCUAUUUCCACCAUUCCUACAGAUGGAGAAUUCCAGAUCUUAACUAUUGUCUGGAUAAAAGAUUUUUCCUCAGAUACCCCUUGUACCUUUUGCUCUAAAUUUUAUACCUCCACCUCUUGUUCCUUGAACCAUCCAUAGAUCAUGAUCUUGUACAGCUCUAGCAAAUUUCUUCUUAAUCUUGUUCCAAGGAGGAUAGUCCAGCUUCUCCAAUCUAGUCUUGCUACUAAAAUCCCUCAUCCCUGCAAACAUUUUUGUGAAUUUCUGUUGCACCCUCCUUCAUACCUUCACUUCCAUGUUAAAUUAUGGCAACCAGGAUUGUAGGCAAUAUUUUAGUUACGAUUAAGUCAGUAUUUUAUACAGAAGCAACAUCAUUUAAAUUUUUUUUAAAAAGCUGCAGCUGCUGGAGGUCUGAAAGGUAUUCAAACUGAAAUAUUAAUUCUGCUUCUAUUUUUCCACAUAGUGCCUGACCUGCUAAAUGCUUUCAGUAAUUUUUUUGUUUUUAAAUGCAAUGUAACUUCCCCAUGUUUGAAAUCUAUGGCCUAAAUCUUCAGUGAUAUUUCAAUGAACCCUUUAAAUGCCACAAUGUUAGUCUAAUGCUAGUUGACUCUUCUCCAGCAUAACUUUGUGCUUCCUCUUCAUUUCGCCCUUGCCCAAUACAGGCAUGAGCCUUUGAGUCAGCUGCACAGAGAAAAGAGAUGGCUAGACUGCUUGCUUAGUGCAAUUAUAGCCAUGGCUAGCUUUGCUGUAAAUUUCAGCACUAUAGUUUCUAGUCAAAUUUUGGUAAUCAGCAAUAUAAAUAAGAGCUGGCCAAUGACUUCCUAGGAAGCUGUGUAAAUACAAGCUUGUCUGACUGCCAAAGCUGAGAAAAAAAAUGAUGCCACAUAGGAUUUUGAAAGGACUAACACAAAUUUGAACAUUUAAGAAUUAAUUUAUUUUCAUUUAACUACAUUCCACCAUUCUGCCUGUCCACCAUUUCCCUACUCUGCCUCUCUACAUUCGUCCAUUGUGCAAAAUUCACUGCUCCAUCCCUCCCCAUCAAUCUAUGCUUCCCCAUCCCCUCACUCUUUCCAUUCCCCCCACUCUGCUUUUCCUCAUCCUCCCAUUUGUCCCCACACUGUCUCUUCUCAUGCUGUGCCCCUCAUGUGGGGCUGGAAUACUGAAUUUAAACGAAGAGCUCUACAGUACAGAACUGCAAAUCCUGGAGCCAGUUGUCUUCCCCACCAUUCUCCAUCAUUUGGCUCCAUUCCCACCACCAUUUAUAAGCCCCCAGGAUCCUAUAUAUCGCUUAAUCAUGACUGGUACUUCUGCACCAAAGCCUAAUUGCAGAGGGAGAAUAAUGCUAUUGCUGGAACAGCAGAGGUGACCAGCAAGGAAGACUCAACUCUUGAACAGAGGCAACAGGCUGAAAGCAUUAUUGAAUAUGCCGCUGCUGAAUCAAAGCUUCCCUACCACCAAAGGGCUGGCCUGUUUCCUGGCAUAUUCUUGCACUUUUUUAUGCAAGUUUCCAGUUUCCACUUCCCAGAACUCCGGCAGCUCCCCUUUAUCUUGGAAAAAUUGAAAGAUUAUGACAAGUCCUUCUGCAAACUCCACCUCUAUUUCCCUAUGCAACCUUGGAUGCACCCUUUGUUUAUUUUCAACAUAGCCAGUAAAUUAAAACAAAAACAGAAAAUGCCAGGGAUACUCAGCAAAUCAGGCUGCAUCUACGUAGAUGAAAACAGAGUUAAAGAUUCAGGUGAAUGACCCUUCUGAUGAAACCUGAAAUCUGAUGAAGUGUCAUUGACUUGAAACUUUAACUCUUUUUCCCUUUCUGUAGAUGCAGUCUGAGUCUGUUGAGUAUACCAGUGUUUUCUGUUUUUUUUUCAAAUUUUCAGCAUUUGCAAUUCUUUUGCUUUUCAACUUCCUAGUACCAACUUUCAUCUCAUUCAUUACCUCCACGACCUGUCUUUCUACUGAGAUUUUGGCAACAUUUUGUUUAAGACAAAUAUGAAGAGCUCUUUAGGGACUUCAGCUAUGUCUUCUGCUGCUAUGGGCGGAUUACACUCUGUGUCACUAAUUGGUCUUAUCCCUCCCUAUGUAACAUUACAUGCCAAAAGAAGGCUUUUAGAUUUCCUUUUAUGUUAAGAGUGAUUCUCUUCCCAUAAUCUCUUGUUCCACUUCACUUCCUCUCCCAGCUUACUAUAUUUAGCCUGGUUCUCACUGGAGUUAUUUACCUGACAUGCAUAAUGCACCUUACAUUUUUAUUUCAUUAUCUUUUCUCCCUCUUAUUCAUCCAGGAUGUUCACCUUGCUAAAAAAAAAUCUACUCUUUAAAGAUAAUCGAUUGUUCCUCGGAGUGUAACCUACCAAAAUUUGGUUCUACAUUAUCCCACACAGGUCACUCCUCAUCCCAUUAAAGUUCGCUCUUCUCUGUAUGUAUCUCCAGAUUUCCCCUCUACAGACUUUCUCCUUGCUUUCUACAGUUUCAACUCAAAUUAUUUUAAAUGUUGUUAGAAUAGCAAAUAUCUAUUGUUAAUAUUCUGCAAUUUAGAAAGUUUUCACACACAUUGGGUUUGUAUGCAGUUUAUGACAACAUGCUUGUAUAUGUUAACAUUUAGUUUAAGUAUUUUUGAGUUCAAUGAUAACAUUGUCAUAAUCAGAAUUUAGAUCAACAAUCAAAGUAUUAAAGCAUAAUUAGAUU